CCUUCUGCGCCUGCGCGGAGGCUCUCUUCGCUCAUUCUCGGCCGGGCGUGAUGGCGGUGCGGGCGCUCAACCCGAAGGCGGAGGUGGCGCGGGCCCAGGCGGCCUUGGCGGUCAAUAUCAGCGCGGCGCGGGGCCUGCAGGACGUGCUCCGGACCAACCUGGGCCCGAAAGGCACCAUGAAGAUGCUUGUCUCUGGCGCUGGAGACAUCAAGCUGACCAAAGAUGGGAACGUUUUGCUUCACGAGAUGCAAAUCCAGCACCCGACGGCCUCCCUGAUCGCCAAGGUGGCCACCGCCCAGGACGACAUCACGGGCGACGGGACCACCUCCAACGUCCUCAUCAUCGGCGAGCUCCUCAAGCAGGCCGAUCUCUACAUCUCCGAGGGCCUGCACCCGCGCCUCAUUGCGGAGGGCUUUGAGGCGGCCAAGGAGAAGGCCCUGCAGGUGCUGGAGCAGGUCAAGGUGGCCAAGGCCAUGGACCGGGAGACCCUCCUGGACGUGGCCCGCACCUCCCUCCGCACCAAGGUCCACGCCGAGCUGGCCGACGUCCUCACCGAGGCCGUGGUGGACUCCGUCCUGGCCAUCCGGAAGCCCAACGAGCCGGUCGACCUCUACAUGGUGGAGAUCAUGGAGAUGAAGCACAAGUCCGAGACCGACACAACGCUGAUCCGUGGCCUCGUCUUGGACCACGGGGCCCGCCACCCGGACAUGAAGAAGCGGGUCGAGGACGCCUACAUCCUGACCUGCAACGUGUCCCUCGAGUAUGAGAAAACGGAGGUGAACUCGGGCUUCUUCUACAAAAGCGCAGAGGAGCGUGAGAAGCUGGUGAAGGCCGAGCGGAAGUUCAUUGAGGAGCGGGUGAAGAAGAUCGUGGAGCUGAAGCAGGCCGUGGUGGGCGACUCCAACAAGGGCUUUGUGGUCAUCAACCAGAAGGGGAUCGACCCCUUCUCCCUGGACGCGCUGGCCAAGGAAGGCAUCAUUGCCCUGCGCAGAGCCAAGCGGAGGAACAUGGAGAGGCUGACCCUGGCUUGCGGCGGCAUCGCGAUGAACUCCGUGGACGACCUCUCGCCGGACUGCUUGGGCCACGCCGGGCUGGUCUACGAGUACACCCUGGGCGAGGAGAAGUUCACCUUUGUGGAGAAGUGCGACAACCCCCGUUCGGUGACGCUGCUGAUCAAGGGCCCCAACAAGCACACCCUCACCCAGAUCAAGGACGCCCUCCGGGACGGGCUGCGCGCCGUCAAGAACGCCCUCGAGGACGGUUGCGUGGUGCCGGGUGCGGGGGCCCUGGAGGUGGCCAUAGCGGACGCCCUGGUCAAGCACAAGCCCUCGGUCAAGGGCCGGGCCCAGCUGGGCGUCCAGGCCUUCGCAGACGCCCUGCUCAUCAUCCCCAAGGUCCUGGCCCAGAACUCGGGCUACGACCCCCAGGAGACGCUGGUCAAGGUCCAGGCGGAGUUUGCCGCAGCCGGGCAGCUGGUGGGCGUGGACCUCCACUCGGGCGAGCCCAUGAUAGCGGCCGCGGCAGGCGUCUGGGACAAUUACAACGUCAAGAAGCAGCUGCUUCAUUCCAGCACGGUCAUUGCCAGCAACAUCCUCCUGGUGGACGAGAUCAUGAGGGCCGGGAUGUCCUCCCUCAAAGGCUGAUGGACCCACGGAUCGUUGCUAUUUAUUCUCCACGUUCUGCGAGUUCGUUGUUUCUUUCUUAUUACUAUAUGGUUCCCAAUAAACAACAACAACAACAACAACAACAACAA